AGCGAUGGCUUUUCAAAAUGACUACAAUCCUGAUGGUUGGAAAGAUAUUGCUGAAGCCGCAAACGUUUCUAAAAACGAGUUUGAUCACAUCAUUCAAUCUUAUUUUCUUCCUAAAUUCCCAACGAAAUCCAACAAUAUUUUCGCGGAUGUAGCGAUUGGAAUUUUAGAAACAAUUGUAAAUGGAGAGACACUUAAUGACAGGAGAGAAGGUUUAAAAUCUGUGGUCGGAUUCUCAAUGUUAUCUCUUCUUGCAACUGGGUUUGGGCUGAUACAGUCUGCGGUGCUUUUUCAUAAACUGUUGUCAACGACCGGCCCGUGUAGUACAAACCCCAACGACCAAGAAAGCAACUGCAUCAAAAAAGGUUGUAAAUUGUGCUUCGAAAAGACGGAAUGCACUAAAAACAAGCUUAGAGAACUCGCUUUCAGCAAUUAUUCUUCUGGCUGCAGUGCGGGAACGGCACUUGCUGUGUUCGGAUUUUCAGCUGGUGAUAGUGAUAAAGGGUCACAGUAUGGACACAGCUUUUAUCUCCUCGCCAGCUCUAUUGGACUUGCUGCCAUAGUCAAACUGCUUACCGGGCGCUUAGAGGGUCUGAUAGUUGACAACACAGACGGUCAAAAUAUUAACAACCCAGGCGCUCAAAAUAUUAACAACCCAAUUAGCUUCAACCAUCAAAAUCAAGAAAUCCAAAUUCAUAAUGCGCCACAAGACCAUGCUGAAGUUUGUAAUCGAUCUACUACUAUACAUAGUAGCCAAAAUUAAAUUCCGGAUGAUGUCUACAAGCAAAACAAUGCUGUCCAACGAUGGUACAAAAAUAAUGCAUCACUGUCUAUGACAAACAAACAACUUCGAUUGGAAAGAAGUGUACCGGCAGUUGAUAAACAAUAAAUAUUCCAGUUUAUCAGCUACACAUCCACAUUGAUAGUUUAAACAGCAAGACUGCAAGUAUGACUGUUCAAAUUUCCUGUAUUUUAAAUUAGCGCAUAUAAAAGCUAAAAAUGUUAUAUUUUUAAGCAUAGAGAGUUUGCCUUUCGGUACACUUUUUAACUUGAAAAUUUAAACAUAACUGGCUCGUUGUUUGUCUGCUAUAGGUGUAUAGCGACUACGCUUCUUUCCUCCAAAUAAAUGUAAAUAUAAACAA